CUGGGAGGAUGCGGAGCAGGUGUUUCCGGUGGUUGUGUCGGUGAGGCUUAGGUUCCGCUGGGCUCGGCUCGGUAUCGUACUCUCUGUUGCAGCAGACGCAGGCGUGAUUGCGGGGCAAGGAUGGCGGCCCAAGCCCUCCACAGCCGGGCCGGGUCGGAGGGCAACAGCCCCACCUCCGUCACUGGUCGGCUGCCACACAGUACCGGGCCCGAACUCGACUUCAGAUCAGCGGCCCGCAUAGACGAUCUUAACCGGCUCAUUCAGGAGUUCAACAAACACGACCAGCGGGAGUACGACGACCAGCGAGCCUUGGAGAUCCACACUGCCAAGGACUUCAUCUUCUCCAUGCUGGGAAUGGUCCAGAAGCUGGACCAGAAACUGCCGGUGGCCAACGAGUACCUGCUGCUGUCAGGAGGCGUCCGGGAGGGGGUGGUGGACAUGGACCUGGACGAGCUGAGCCUCUACGCUCGCGGCACAGACUACGACAUGGACUUCACCUUGCUGGUGCCGGCGCUGAAGCUCCACGACCGGAACCAGCCGGUGACCUUGGACAUGCGUCACUCUGCUCUGGGUCACUCCUGGCUCAGCCUCCGUCUCUUCGACGAGGGAACCAUCAACAAGUGGAAGGACUGCUGCACGCAGGUGGACCACGUCAGCGGGAACACCAACUACUUCUUCUCCCCGACGCUGGUGGCCGACUGGUUCUACCAGUCCAUCUCGCUGGUCCUGCUGGAGGUCCAGAAGAAGCCUCAGAGAGGGAUCCCCCGGGUGGAGAAGGUGGAGCGUAACGGCACGGUCAUCUCCGUCAUCCUGGGCGUGGGCAGCAGCCGCAUGCUGUACGACAUCGUCCCCGUGGUCUCCUUCAAGGGCUGGCCGGCGGUGGCUCAGAGCUGGCUGAUGGAGAACCACUUCUGGGACGGCAAGAUCACCGAGGAGGAGGUGAUCAGCGGCUUCUACCUGGUGCCCGCCUGCUCCUUCAAAGGUCACAAGGAGAACGAGUGGAGACUGUCGUUUGCCAGGAGCGAGGUGCAGCUGAAGAAGUGCAUCUCCUCCUCCCUGAUGGCGGCGUAUCAGGCCUGCAAAGCCAUCAUCGUCCGGCUGCUGUCGCGGCCCAAGGCCGUCAGCCCCUACCACCUGCGCAGCAUCAUGCUGUGGGCCUGCGACCGCCUGCCCUCCAGCUACCUGGCUCAGGAGGACGGCGCCGCUCACUUCCUGCUGGGACUCAUCGACGACCUGCAGCACUGCCUGCUCAACAAGACGUGUCCCAACUACUUCAUCCCUCAGUGCAACAUGCUGGAGCACCUGGGCGACGAGGCGGCCGUGCUGCACGCGCGCAAGCUCUCCUCCGUGCGCUCCGACCCGGCCGAGCACCUGCGCUCCACCGUCGAGCAGGCCAAGGCCGCCAACCGGCUGACGCUGGACCUGCAGUGGCGCGGGAGCUCCGGCAGCCUGCCCUCGCCGCAGUCGGACGCCGGAGGAGAGAGCCAGCCCGACGACCGGCUGGCCAAGAAGCUGCAGCAGCUGGUCACGGAAAACCCCGGCAAGUCCAUCUCCGUCUUCAUCAACCCGGACGACGUGACGCGGCCGCACUUCCGCAUCGACGACAAGUUCUUCUGAAUGUAGCAGAAUGCUCCGGAAGCAACUUCACUUCACCCGGUCGUGUGCAGGAGGCGGUCGCCCCCUGCUGGAGAGGAUCAGGAGUCAGCCUCCUGAGGCGCCACAAGAGUCGCAUUCACCUGGUCGUCCAAACCCUCUCCUGACUUCAACAAGAUCACGAGCCACAGCUUCACCUUUUCUUAGGAACCCGACACUCCCGACCUUCACCAGCGACCGCGGAUGUGUUUUCAAGUGCAAUUAGCAAACACGCGUGCGCGCGCACGCGCGGGGACACUGUGGUGAAAACCGAGUCUCACUCUGAAGCUUUGUGCGUGCGGAGUUCAACCCCACCAUUUUGUCAUGGCAGCGGGGGGGUUUUACCUUUUGCUGCUGUUUGUUUCUUCAACACUGACGCUCACAUUUCGUUCAAUAAAAAAGUCUG